AUGGGACUUAAGAAAUUUUUGAAGAUCAAGCCACCAAAAGAGGCUACAGUGGAAGAAAAUAGGCAAAAUUUGAUGGAUCUAGGUAUAUCUGUCAAAAACCCAAAUAAAAAGAAAACUACGCGUUUUGAUGCCUAUGGUAAGUUUGCAAAUGACAGACGAACUGACAGGUCGUAUGCACCAGAAGGUUAUGCACCAUCUGAAAUAGAUUUGAAUAAGUCUGAACUGGACAGCGUCUCAAAUUUUGAUGAGGUACCACAGGACCUCAAGCUACAGACGCACAAGCAUGAUUCCAGUAGGGAAAAUAGUAAAGAGCCAACUAGGGUACAGACAACCUACGACCCAUUUGCCGUGAAUACAGAUGUAGAAAGCUUUGCUUCAAAUCCUUAUACCAGCUUUAAGACAAAUAUGAUGAAAAGCAACGACACUAAUAAAAACGUAUCGAAUGCUGAAAGGACGGCCAUUCGAUCUCAAGACCCAUAUUCAAUGUCUGAUAGAAGAACAGCUCCAUCUCAAGAUCCAUAUUCAAUGCCUGACAGGAGGACGACUGUACCUCAGCAGAAAGCAUAUAACUAUGGUGGUAAUUCAUCGGUAUCAACCAACAAUGAUCCAUAUCGAAUCAAUUCUUUUUCUGAAGCUAGAAAUAAUGUAUAUCAGAACAGAAUUACACCAACGGCUUCCAGAGAUAAUUCUCCAGCACCGACUAAGAACCCAUAUAGUAGUAUGAGUUCUAGUAGAUCAAAUCCAUAUAGCAAUUUAAACGCUGCUAAUUUCACUGCAAAUCCAUAUGGUGAUUCCUCCUCUUACAAAGAUGCCAAUGUAUAUGAUAAUUCUAACUCAUCUCAAAAUGUAUACGUGAAAAAGCAGGACAAUAUCUCAUUGAACCUAAAUGCAACCCAAUCAGAAUUAUUUGGAAGUAGAAACGAUACGAGGACGCCAAUGUCAUCAUUCAACUAUGAUCCAGACGAUGAUUUAAAUAACGUAAUAGAUGAGUAUAACUAUGACUCUCAAUCAAUGCAGCAGCAGCAACAAUUACAAGAACAAGAGACAUUUGAUCUUAACCAAGAACCUGAAGUACAAGAAUAUGAUAACAAAGGCUACGUUACAUUUGAUGACAUGAACAAUAUACAGCAGGAGCAAGAAGAUGAAGAAAUUGAUCAAAUCAAACAGGAGAUUAGAUUUGUCAAGCAAAGUUCGCUGGCAUCCACCAAAAACACAUUGAAGAUGGCAAUGGACGCAGAAAAAGCCGGUAUGAAUACACUAGGUUUAUUAGGGCAUCAGAGUGAAAAGCUGAAUACCAUUGAAACUAAUCUUGAUCUGAUUAAAGUUCAGAAUGUGACUGCAGAAGAUAAAGUUAGUGAGCUUGAAAAAUUAAAUAGAAGUAUUUUUGCCGUUCAUGUUGGUAAUCCAUUCAAUUCUAGAAGAAGACGUAGAGAGAAGGAGGACACCUUGAGAAAUAGAAAAAUUCAAGAAAAUUUUAUGAUUGAAGAAACUAAUAAAAGUCUUUAUGCUUCCACACACAGAAUCGAAAAUGCAAUGAAUGGUACCGAUAAAUCAGCAUCAUCAUCUAUGCAACAAAAAUACAAAAGGGAUGAAAUUUUACAAAGGGCCAAAGCAUAUCAAUUUGAAAAUGACGAAGAAGAUGACGACGUUGAAAUUGAAAUUGAUAGGAAUCUGGACAAGAUAAAACAAGUUAGUGGGAGACUAAGAAAAUUGGCUAUUGCUGCGGGUGAUGAGGUCGAUGCACAAAGAAGCCGUUUGAUGAAGAUUGAAGAGGGCACCGAGUCUUUAGAUAUCAAGCUUCACAUGAAUUCGACAAGGCUGGCCAAUAUAAAAUAA